UUUGCCAUAUACUAUUAUUAAAUUAUUAAUUAUUAAUUUAUUAUGCUCUCUCAACUUCUAUACUAGCUCUUAUACCUAGUCCCACUCAUAAGACCUUUUGUCCUUUACCCCUCUUUUCCUUCGUUUCCGAGCAACACGUUCAACUUAGACAACCGUGGCAACCACAGUAUCUGUCAACUUUAUAAUUAUGGACUGGUUCUAAAGCUUCCAGAUAAUCAUCUUCAAAUAAAAUAAAAAUGGCGCUAGAGCGCCCUUCAUCAGAGAUCCCCGACUAUCUCAAACAGCUUUAUGCUGCCUAUCGCCAUACCAGUGACAUAAGCUCGAAAGGCAACUUCUUUUCUUCUACCUGCCUCCAAAUAUGCCGGCCACAGCCAUCAUUUGCAGCUCGCGAUAGAGAGACUAUUGUGCGGUAUCUCCACGAAGCGUCAGGCAAGGGUGCUGACACCCCAGCAUCGACAACUGAAGCAACAAACAAGCAGUCGAAAAAGAGCUAUUACACGAUCCGGCCCAUACGAGAAGAUGAGUUCGAGUUUGGCACUGAUGAUCAGGUCAAGCCCGCUGGAUUUGUGACAGCAGAAGAUCUCAAGCAAAAGGCAAGAAUUGAGGGAUGGGUAGGCAUGAGAGUCGACUUAUGGGAUGAAGAGGGGAAAGAUGGAAGUGAGGGGCGCCUGAUCAAAGUUCAGUACUGGUGGAGGAAAGAGGAACAAGGAUGGAUACAGAUUUGCCAUGAUAUUAUGUACAUAGGGCCGAGAGAUGGGACCGAAGGCAGCCAGGGCGAGCUGCUUGAGUGAUGCUAUUUCACAAUUACUCGGCCUCUUUUGUCAUUUAUGCUUUUGAUAUGUUACUAUAUCUUUGAUCAGCUCAUGUCAGAAGUAAAUGAUAGUCUAGUAGUCAUAUCAACAAACUUUUUUCUUUCUUUUAGUUGCUAUUGUACUGUAUCAGUCUAGAACCGGCAGCAAUCCCUUGUCUUGGGCAUCCUUUACAGCCUGGUUAUAAAUUUCCAACUUUUCCUCGUACUCCCUGAUCAAAUCGUCUUGUGAUUCUUCUCUCUUUCCGGGGGAGGCGUCGCCGCCUCCAAAUGCUCUCACCGCAGCAUAAUAAACAUCUGCAAGUGCUUUGCAAACUGACGUUACACUUGAUGAUUGGCAUUGGUAGUAGAGGC